AUGUGGCACAUCACGCUAAAGCUUACUGACAAAGUCCCAAGGAGAUCGCUAGAAAAUGAAGAUUUGAAGAAAGAGAUAAGUGCGUGUGUGUGGUCUGAUGUAUUAGAGCCAGUUGAAUUUGAAGAGACGUGGAUGGGGAUAAUGGAACGUUAUGAGCUACUUGAUGUGGAGUGGUUUGUAACAAUGUUCCAGAAUAGAAGGAUGUGGGUCCCUGCAUUCUUCAGAGAUUUUCCUAUGGGGUCGCUGAUUAGGACCACGUCUGUAUCAGAGUGCGAGAAUAGUUUUUACAAAACAUUUACAAGGCCACGCUCAAAUCUUGUGGAAUUCCUUAUGUGCUUCGAUCACACAUUGGCUGCUCAGAGAAAUUCUAGCUCUAAGUUGGAUUAUGUUGAUUCAACAAUCAUCCCCCCAUUUUCCACUGACCUGCUUCUGGAGAAACAUGUUGCGACAAAGUGUGUCAAGGUUAUCCCUGACAAGUACUACAAUGGGAGGUGGUUGAAGUCAAGUAUAUCCAAACCUGUGCAAGUGUGCGAAAUUUCGGUUGAUGCCAAGCAACUUGCACAUAAUAAAGUAGCAGAUAUCUUCUUUGGUUACAUGCAAAAGGUUGAUGUUGAAACCAUCGAAGCAUUUUCAGCUGCAAUGCAGGAUUUUGGGAAAAGAAUAGAGACGGACUCAACAGUUUUGCGUUAUGUGGAGAAGAGGAAAACAGUUGAUGAUUUCUAUUUCAUUGGAAGACCAGAUGUAGUAGAAGUUCAUCCUCCAAAAGUGGUGAGGACGAGAGGUUCCUGCAAUGAUUCGGGCAGCCGUAUCGUGUCGGCAAGAGAGAAGGCUAUUACAUUGCAAAGCAAGCCUAAGCGUAAGUGUGGGAAAUGUGGAGAGGUGGGUCACCACGACGCUAAGAAUUGUGGAAGACAAAAACAUUAA